CAUGGCUAGAAUUUUACGCCCUCUGCUCUAAAUACUCGCGAUGGGCUUUAUUUAUUUACUAUCUGGCGUAAGCUUCUUUAAAACUUAAUCUUGUGAGAAACAUUUUUUUACAACUGUAACUUACAUCACUUCUGCGAUGUCAGAAGAAAAAUAAUAAACGGGAAACAAAUUACCCACAGCAGCUAUGUCCAAUGAAGAACGCUUGAAGAAUAUUCUGUCAGAUUUGGGGAAGGCAACCUUGCGGGGUAUUCGAAAAUGUCCCAAGUGUGGCACGUACAAUGGCUCGCGUGGCCUCUGCUGCAAGAACAAGUACUGCGAUGUAGUGUUCAAAGAACCUGGCGAGAAACGAAAGAUGUUCACAGAAGCAUGCAAACUUAUCACAGGCUCAUCGGCACAGGUAUUUUCCGUACGUGUCAGGGAUAAGGGGCCUGAUCACCGUGGUCUUGUACAACUGCCACUGAUAAACAAUUCCGUUUCGAGUGACAUUAGCACAUUCAUCUCACAAACCACCGCAUUAUGCUUUGUGGACAGCUGCGAGAGGAGUUUUGACACUAGUGUCCUCAAAUGUCAUGAAAUAAAUUACUCGGAUACUGUGACUACAUGCCAACACAUUCAAGCAGCACUGAAAUGUUAUGCGGAAGCACAGCCGUUGACCGUAAAAAAUUCUAUUCUGUUGUCACUAAAUGUAAAUAAUGCAAUGAAGCAAGAAAUAUGGUCGUUAGCGACGGAUACUAGUGGUCCCUUAGUACAAAGAGUUUCAAAGAAUAUAAUGGCAGUGAAAUGUAAGGCGUCUUCGAAACAUCCACUAGGUUACCUUCAUAUCUCUUUCGUUACUAGUAAAUUAAAGGAUAGAAUCGAGCAUCGUUGGUUUUGCAGCUGUACCGAGUCCAAGGAAAUGAAGACAGGAGGAGAUGAAGCAGAGAGCAUUUUGUCACAACCAAAGUGUGCACACUUUUAUGCGUGUAUGUGUGCUUUCGCUAGUGAUCCAAAGCUGACCGAAGAGUUUAGUUAUUACGUAAAUUUAAUAGAUUUUAUAGAUGAUCCGCUGGCAAUUGUACGGCAAAAUAAUGAAGAGGACAAAAUUGUUGGAAUUGAUCUUGAUAGUUUGACUACAGAUGACACCGACACGCCUCUUUUAAUUUUUCGCGACGAUACUCUAACUGUGCAAAGUUUAGACGGAAAUAGACUAGAUUUAGAUUCUAUGAAUCUAGAUUCCUCGAUUUUGUCGCAUGUUGACAAUAUUGUUGAAAAUAUAGAAGUAGAAUGCAACAAGCGCAGUUUAUUGGAGGAUAAUAUAAUAUCACAAGUCCACAAUUUAGAAGUAAUUGACCAAACUGGUGUUCAACUGGGAGAAGGGAAUACUAUAAAAAUAUUGGACGAUCAAGCGACAAUUGAUACGAAAUAUAAUGUACUUGAAAAUCAAUACAUACUAAAUGAUAAUAAUAUAAAAAUAUUAGAUGCAAAUACGUUAGAAGUUCUUGAUGCAAAUACGACGGUCCUCGACAUAACUAACGCGGAGCUCGUCGAAAAUAAUGCUAUUUUAAACAGCAAUGUUCAAAUCAUUGACGAAAACGCAAUUGUACAUUACGAUAAGAUAAAUCUAUCAAAUCCUGAAAGUAAAGCGACGCAACCGGCAAUCUCGACGAAACGAAAGAGAGACGAUAAGUCUGCCAACUGUGGCAGUACGAAUUUGAAGUCUAUCGAUCCUAGAAAAAUGAAGACGAAGUCACAAAUCCUGAAGAAGUACCAAACCACUUGCGACGAAUUGGACGAGGCGAAGGCGAGUCUACCGUUCAUCAAGUGGCUCGCGUCGAUAACCGAGCGGAUCAACCAGACGAUGCAUUUUCAAUUCAACGGGAAGCCCGAUCCCCUGGUGUUCCACGUGCCGCAGAUAUUCUUCGACUGUUUGCGCGAACGGAUAUCCUGCGGCAGCAAGAAGAAACGCUUGCCGAACUCGACUACGGCGUUCGUUAGAAAAGACGGGGUACCAUUGGGAACGUUCAUCAAAUAUACGUGGCAGAUCACAAAUAUCUUGCAGGUAAAAAGUAUCUUCGAGACACCCGACAUACCUCUGGAGAUUACGAGGAGUUUUGUGCAGAACGCCGAUGGCACGUAUGAAUUAUAUAAACGAGAGGAAACGGAAAUAGAUCGUUAUAAGAAAACGAGUAAUAAUGCGCUCAUCAAACCAUUGGAGUUGAAAACAUAUUUAAAAGUGGGGAAUACCUCUCCAAAUCAAACCGAACCCACGCCUUUUUUGAUAGAGUGGAUACCGGAUAUCUUACCAAUCUCGAAAAUUGGCGAGCUUAGAAUAAUAUUUGAAUACGGACAUUAUAAUUACAAGAAGCGAAACGAAUCACAAAUGGAGGAUAAUUGUUUAUUAUAAACGCGAUUAAAGUUUUAAAGUGGAUGUUUCUGUUAUAAAUCGUUCGUGCGAAUGUUAUCAAGUUUUCACUUUUUUACCACAAAAAAUAUUUAAAUGAGAUGAUUCUCUCUCCUCUGAGAGAGAGAGAGAGAGAAGGAGUAACGACAGAUAUUAAACGUGUGACACCUAAUCUGACUGUACGUCAUGAGAGUCACGAAGAAACUUGAUGUCAGAAUUUAGAUUGAAAUCUUGUUAAUGAUGUUAAGCUAUUUUAUGGUAUUUAAGAAAAAAUUAAUUGAAUUAUACAAACUUCCUAGAGAAUAAUAUUAAUAAGGUUUUAAAUUGGUAAUUUUCAAAGACUGAUGUAAUAUUUGCGAUUAAACACGAGCAUAAUACGACUCGAUCGUGGGAACCAAUCUUGUUUUAAGAUUGAGAGAUUGCUUUUGCCAUUGUAUUAUUCUAUACCAUUUUACAAUGUUGUGCACAAUUAUAUAACUUAAACUUAUAUAACUUAUUGCCACAUCGCUACUGCUUUGCAAAAGUAUUCUUUAUAUUAUAUAUUUUAAUUUAACUUGACCGGGUAAAAUGUUAUUGAUCCUAUCACGAAAUAAUGAAUCAUGAAAUAAUACGUUAAUAUUAAUGAUAAUUGCGUUGUUCACGCGUAGCACUUGAAAAACGUUACGUUGCAACAUUUGACAUAUAUGUGAUAUGUAAAAUGUACAUGUAUAUAUUUUACGCGCGCCGUUAUGUAAAAAGAGUGUAUUUAUAUUAUUUAACAAUAUAUUAAGUCUGUUUUAUGAACAUCUCUGAACUUGAAAAUAAAUUAUAACAAACAUUUAAUAACAUACAUGAAAAAUACAUUGCAUGUAUGUAAUUACAUAAAUUAUGUAUAAUAAAUCUAUAUAAACAUAUUGUACAUUUUCGCAUAUUAAAUGGUUAUUACCAUUAAUUCAA